AUGAUUCCAUUACGUCUAUAUAAGAAUUGUGUGGGGAAGCAAUGGGGGAAGAGGGUGAUCUCUUCAUACAGAAUGAAUUCAACGAGUGCUACUACAGCCACUACCAGUACGACAGCCAGUACUGCUACAGCCAGUACUAAUGCAAGCAGUGGUAGUAGCGCUGGUACCGGUGUUGUGUUUAUGAAUAUGGGAGGACCUUCUACUAUUGCUGAGACUAGAGACUUCCUCUUUCGGUUAUUCUCCGACGGAGAUAUCAUUCCCUUUGGUAUGCUCCAAUAUCCUUUGGCUAAGUUCAUCACUUAUAGAAGAACACCACAGAUUGAACUGAACUAUGCGGAGAUCGGAGGUGGGUCCCCAAUUAGGAAAUGGUCCGAGUAUCAGGUCCGGAAAGUGUGCGAAAAACUUGAUGCGACAAGACCGGAAUCGGCCCCACAUAAACCAUAUGUUGCUUUUAGAUAUGCUCAUCCUUUAACGGAAGAAACUAUGCAAAAGAUGCUUGAUGACGGAGUUACGAGAGCCGUUGCAUUUUCUCAAUAUCCUCAAUUCUCCUUUGCUACUACUGGGUCUUCAUUUAAUGAAUUGUAUAGACAAACUUUAGCCUUAGAUCCGGACCGGAAGAUCACGUGGACUACAAUCGACAGAUGGCCUCGGAACUCCGGAUUGGUCAAGGCCUUUGCUCAACAUAUUCUACAAAAGGUUAAAGAGUUUAAACCUGAAGAUCAAAAAGAUAUUCAAUUGGUAUUCCUGGCUCAUUCUUUACCUAUGGAUAUUGUUAAUAGAGGUGACUCUUAUCCUGCAGAAGUGGCAGCUACUGUGUAUUCUAUUAUGGAGGAAUUAAAGUUUCAAUUUCCUUAUAGAUUAACUUGGCAAUCACAAGUUGGACCUAAACCUUGGCUUGGAGCUAAAACCGUUAAGAUAGUUGGCGAAUUAACAGAUAGAAGAGAUGUUCUGGGAGUUAUUAUUAUUCCUGUGGCCUUCACCUCAGAUCAUAUUGAAACAUUGCACGAAUUAGACAUUGAAUUACCAACCGAAGUGGAAUAUCCUGAAAAGAUUAAAAGAGCAGAGUCUUUGAAUGGGAAUGAAAUCUUUAUUGAUGGUCUUGUUCAAUUGGUUAAAGACCAUUUGGAUUCAAAUCAAUUAUAUUCAAGUCAAUUGGAACUUGAUUAUAAAUUGGGUGGUCAAUAUGCAAAAAAUACCUUUGAUCAUCCAAGUGAACUCUUUGGUAAUCAUAAUCAUUCUGAAAAAUAA